AUGCACUUCAAACUCCCCUCCCUCGUCUCCCUCUCCCUUGCCUCCCUGGGCCUCGCCCUCCCCAACAUGGGCAUGACCAACCAAACCCUCGGCCACGCCGUCGUCGUGAACCAAUGCACCCGACCCGUCUACGUCUGGUCCGUCGCCUCGUCUGUCAGCCCCGAAAUCACCGUGCAGCCGCACGAGAACUACACCGAGGCGUUCCGCCACGACGGCCUGACCGGCGGCGUCGGCCUCAAGGUGACGACCAUCAAGAACGGCCUGUACAUCAGCUCGCCGCAGACCGUGUUCGCGUAUAACCUGGUCGACCGGGCGGUGUGGUACGACCUGUCGGAUGUCUUUGGUGACCCCUUCCAUGGCAGCAAGGUCAGUUUGUUGCCGUCGGAGCCGGCGAUUACUUGGGAAGACGGCAUUCCGCCGGCGGGUAGCCAGGUGCGGAUUCAGGAUGCAUCUAAGGACUUGGUGUUGACGCUCUGUUGA